AUGUCGCUCAAGCUCAAUAAACCGAAGGAUGUGUUCUUUUUCAUCCCCAACAUGAUCGGAUACUUCCGCGUGUUGACGGCCAUCUUGUCAUUCUUGACCAUGAAAAACCAUCCUGUGCGUACCAUGAUUCUCUAUGGAAUCCUGGGAUUUCUCGACGCUUUCGAUGGAUACGCCGCCAGAAAAUACAACCAAGGCACCCGUUUUGGCGCAGUGCUAGAUAUGGUCACGGACCGUUGUGCCACGCUGUCGUUGAUAUGUUAUUUGUGCAUCAUCUAUCCCCAAUGGUGUGUUGUGUGGCAGCUUCUUGUGUCGUUGGACUUGUCGUCCCAUUAUAUGCACAUGUAUGCGAUGUUGACAUCGGGCCUGGCGUCGCAUAAGAACGUGGGCGAGAAGCUGAGGCUUUUGAAUCUCUAUUAUACCAACCGGAAGGUUCUUUUUGUGGUGUGCUUGGUCAACGAGUUGUUCUACGUGGCCUGUUACUUGCACUACAACCAGUUCUUCUGGAUGGGCACCAUUUUGGUGUGGGUGAGCGCCCCGGUGUGGAUUUUUAAGCAGGUUGCCAAUGUGGUGCAGUUGAAGAACGCGGCCUGGAUCUUGGCCGAGAAGGAUUUCCUGGAGAGAGCCGUUCUGUCGAAGCUGUCCUAA